AAAGCCUUCCUCUCCAUAAUUGUCCAUAAAGCAGAAAUCGAAGUUUCUUUCUACCUAACAUGGAUGUUUUCUAUUUUGUUGCUCUUAUUUUCAUGUUGAGCUUCCAUAUUCAUUUUACUCGAGGAAGUGUACUGAACCCCACCACUGAGAAAACUGAGACAAACAGUUUUCAAACAUACAUUAUCCAUGUGAGAAAGUCAGAGAGUAAGAUAUUCACGCAGUCAGAAGAUUUGAUGAACUGGCACAACUCAUUCAUGCCGCCACCUGCCACUACGACGAGCACUAAGGAACAGCCAAGAAAAAUGCUUUAUUCGUACCGGAAUGUGCUGAGUGGUUUUGCUGCAAGACUCACUGAAGAGGAGCUGAGAGAGGUGGAAAAGAAGGAUGGUUUUAUCUCAGCUCAUCCACAAAGGAUACUCCAUCGUCAAACGACGCAUACCCCAGAAUUCUUGGGGCUGCAGCAACAAAUUGGACUGUGGAAACAAUCAAAUCUCGGCAAGGGGGUUAUUAUUGGGGUGGUGGACUCUGGCAUCACACCUAAUCAUCCUUCGUUCAAUGAUGCAGGAAUGCCGCCCCCACCUCCGAAAUGGAAAGGGAAAUGCGAACUAAAUGGAACAGCUUGUAACAACAAACUAAUUGGUGCAAGGACUUUCAACAUUGCAGCUACAGCAACGAAUGGAACUCAAAAUGUGCCACCUAUUGAUGAAGAUGGACAUGGGACUCACACAAGCAGCACUGCAGCUGGUGCCUUUGUGGAUUAUGCAGAAGUAUUGGGAAAUGCCAAAGGCACAGCUACAGGGAUGGCUCCUUUGGCUCACGUGGCAAUGUAUAGAGUAUGCUUCGGAGAUCCCUGCCCCGAGGCUGAUAUACUGGCAGCAUUAGAUGCAGCCGUGGAGGAUGGGGUCGAUAUAAUAUCAAUAUCUCUUGGCCUAAGCGAGCCACCUCCAUUUUACAAUGAUAGCACUGCAAUAGGUGCAUUUGCAGCAAUUCAGAAAGGAAUAUUUGUAAGUUGUGCAGGAGGAAAUCUUGGCCCCUCUAAUAGCACUAUAGUUAAUGGAGCCCCAUGGAUUCUCACUGUUGGAGCAAGCACUAUUGACAGAACCAUUGUAGCAACAGCGAAGCUUGGAAAUGGGGAAGAAUUUGAUGGUGAAUCUGUUUUCCAGCCUUCCAGUUUUCCUUCCACAUUGCUGCCCUUGGCAUAUGCUGGCAAGAAUGGCAACCAACAAUCUGCAUUAUGCGCUAACAGAUCCUUGAGUGACACUGACUUCAGAGGAAAAGUUGUUUUGUGCGAAAGAGGAGGAGGAAUAGCAAGAAUUGCAAAAGGGGAUGAAGUGAGAAGAGCUGGUGGGGCUGCCAUGAUUCUCAUGAAUGAUGAAAUCAGUGGCUUCAGUCUAUCAGCUGAUGUACAUGUGUUACCUGCAACACAUGUAAGCUAUGCUGCUGGAUUGAAGAUAAAAGGCUAUAUAAAUUCCACCGCGACACCUACAGCAACCAUUUUAUUUAAGGGAACUAUCAUCGGAAACUCCCUGGCUCCUGCUGUUACAUCCUUCUCAUCAAGAGGUCCGAAUUUGCCAAGUCCUGGUAUUUUGAAGCCAGAUAUCAUAGGGCCAGGCAGUAGCAUAUUAGCUGCCUGGCCAUUCCCCCUCGACAACAGCACUGAUUCUAAAUCCACCUUCAACAUUAUGUCCGGCACAUCAAUGGCAUGCCCACAUCUCAGCGGAAUUGCUGCUUUGCUAAAAAGCUCUCAUCCUGACUGGUCACCAGCAGCCAUUAAAUCUGCCAUAAUGACUUCUGCAGACACGCUAAAUUUAGAACACACACCCAUCGUUGAUGAGAGAAAUCAACCUGCAGACCUCUUUGCCACAGGUUCCGGCCAUGUGAAUCCAUCGAGAGCAAAUGAUCCAGGACUAGUUUAUGAUAUUGAACCUGAUGAUUAUAUACCUUAUCUUUGUGGUUUAGGCUACAGUAAUAGGGAAAUUGGGUACCUUGCACAGAGAACAAUUAAGUGCUCUGAAACAUCAAGCAUUCCUGAAGCACAACUCAAUUAUCCCUCAUUUUCUAUUGCACUUGGUUCCUCGCAGACAUUCACAAGGACUGUGACAAAUGUUGGUGAGGCCUAUUCAUCUUAUGAUGUCAUGGUUACAGCACCAGAAGGGGUUUCUGUGACAAUCCAGCCAAAUAAACUUAACUUUUCGGAAAUAAACCAAAAAGAGACAUAUUCAGUGGCAUUCAGCCGUAUAGAUUCAGCUAAUAAGACAGCAGAUUAUGCUCAAGGGUCACUAGCAUGGGUCUCUGCCAAACACAUUGUAAGAAGCCCUAUCUUGGUAAAGUUUGUAUAACAUAGAAUCAAGUGAAUUAGUAAUAGUAACAAGUUGCACUACCAAAGUCCAGACAAUCAGUUCCAUUGUCAGAAACUAGCUAGUACAUGUAAUAAGUGCAAAGAAAAGCUGAAAUCCUACAAUUUCACUAUCUUUGUUUCUAUUUUCACUCCAUUAAUGUGAUGCAUAAUCAAAAUUUAACUAUAUCACCAU